AUGGCCGACCUUGAUUGGAAGACGCAGUUGUCGGCGUCUGACCGCUAUGAGAACAUUCAGAGGAUAAAGGCUGUUCUAGAAGCUGCAAGCUCAGAAGCCAAGGCCACCUCACAGUCCGAUGCCUUUUCCAUCGAGAACCAGGCAUACAAGGAUUCGACGUCCAGAGAGCAAUAUGAUGAAAUCUGCCAGCUAGUUGGGUCUGCAAAUCUAUCAUCUGCGGAACCGCCAGCCCUCGGUGAAGAUGAUUCCGGCGACGUUGGGGUUACUGUUGGCUCUUACAAGAACUGCCUACCGUUUGCAAGCGGUCUCACGUCCGAGGUCUACAGAUGCAAAGACCGCGCCCUCAAAGUCAUCGUGGAAACCCACAACAUUGAACCUCACAACCCUCACCGCGAGGCCAAGAUCCUGGCCACCUUGAAGCGCCCCUGCGUUCCUCUCUUAGAAACGUUCAGGGACCAGGAACAGAGAUUCGUUCUGGUGUUCCCAUACAAGCCACUGACCCUCGCCGAUGUUAUCGACAAGGGAGAUCUCCCUCUCCCCCGAGUAGCGCGUAUAUUCAAAGACGUCUUCGCGGCUCUCAGGGAUAUUCACGGCGAAGGUAUCAUCCACAGAGACGUCAAACCAGAAGCCAUCCUCCUCGACGGCCCAGACGGGCCAGCCUACCUGUCCGAUUUCGGAACUGCCUGGCACCCGACCAUGUCGAUUGUCUCCGAGCCGGCCAACGGCAAGAUUCUCGACAUUGGAACCGGCCCCUAUCGCGCCCCUGAGACCCUCUUCGGCGAUAAAGCCUACGGUCCUUCCGUCGAUAUGUGGGCCGCCGGUACCAUGCUGGCCGAGUGCUGCCGCAGCCCCCCGAAGUCGUUGUUCGAAUCGCGACCAACGCAUGAGGACGGCAAUCAGCUGGGCCUCAUCUUGAGCAUCUUCAAGACUCUGGGCACGCCGACCCGGGAGACGUGGCCCGAAGCCGCGAGCUUCAAAACGCCACCCUUUGAAAUGUACCGCAUGUUCGACGGCCAUCCCUGGGAAGAGAUUCUACCAGAAGUCGAUGCUGAAGUUCGAGAUUUGAUAUCCAGCUUGGUGCGCUUCGACUCGAAGAGGGCGACUGCCGAACAGGUAACUUUGCAAACGACCAAUGAAUCGAUGGUAUAA